AUCUUCGCCUACUGACGCGCACUUGGUCAAAGCAGAUUACUAUCCAUCUCGCAAAACAUCAAAAUGGCUCCUCAAAUCGCCUGGAUCGGCCUCGGCAACAUGGGCAGAGGCAUGUGCAAAAACUUGGUUGAAAAGGGCAACCUCGACAAGCCGCUGCUCAUCUUCAACCGCACCAAGAAGCGCGCCGACGACCUCUCGGCCCAGCUUCCGAGCGGCAAGUCGGCUGCCGUCGGCACCAUUGACGAAGCUGUCAAGACCUCCGACAUCAUCUUUGCCUGCGUUGGCGACGACAAGGCCAUCAAUGAAAUUGUCGACGCGGCGCUUCAGAACGAUGUCAAGGGCAAGUUGAUUGUAGACUGCUCGACUGUUCACCCCGAAACGUCCGAGGCUCUGGCCAAGAGGAUCACGGAAAAAAGUGCCGGGUUCGUCGCUUGCCCUGUUUUUGGCGCACCCGCCAUGGCCGACAACGGCCAGCUCAUUUGCUUGCCUGCCGGUCCCGCUGAGCUUGUCGACAAGGUCAAACCCUACCUGACGGGCGUCAUGGGCCGGGCCGUCAUCGACUUUAGCGACCAGGCCCCCAGCAAGGCCACGCUGCUCAAGGUCAUCGGCAACACCUUCGUCUUCAACAUGAUUGAGACGCUGUCCGAAGGCCACACCAUGGCCGAGAAGACUGGCCUCGGCACGGAGAACCUGCACAAGUUCGUCGAGCUCAUGUUCCCCGGCCCUUAUGUUGCGUAUUCAAACAGGAUGCAGUCCGGGGACUACCACAAGCGGGAAGAGCCGCUGUUUGCCAUCGACCUUGCCAGGAAGGAUGCCAGGCAUGCCCUCGACCUGGCCAAGAACAACGGUGCUAGAAUGCGUGCCGUCGAGGUUGCGGACGCACACUUCGCCGAUGUACAGAAACACGUUGGCUCCAAAGGUGAUGUUGCAGGCAUCUACGGCGCCGUGAGACAAGAGAGCGGCCUGAAGUAUGAGAACUAGAGGCCAGCAAGGCUGUCCGCUCCAAAUCUAGGAACAACGACGAAUGUGAUGCCUGAUGUCUCCAUAUUCUCCCUACAACUCGUCAAAUCGUGAGAGCUUCCUUGAACGUUAUCUGGAUAUGGUACAGCUUCUCUUUUGUUUUGAUGCAACCGGAUGACACUCGUCUCCUGCACUACAGUCAAGACUGAAUACAGCAUUUGAGCUGGUCAGCAGCAUCCGAGUG